UUUGAGGGGCUCGGUGGUGUGUUCAGUAACUCAAACAACCACAAAGUUUAAGUCAUAAUACAAGAGCUGUCCUGUGGUUAUGAGACACAAGAUAUUUGUUUUGUACCACCAUGGAACCUGUAGAAGUUGUCAGUGGUAAAGCUCUGUGGGGAGUUAUAUGUGGCACCUAUGUUUUACCAUCGGAUGAAGUGGUUGGUGCAGAGCUACAGUUAGCUGCCCCACACUUGAGGGUUGGUUUGGCAGCAUAUAAAAAACCCACUGAUAACCAUUAUAAAACAUGGGCAGACACAGCAGAAGCCACACAGGCAGAAAAGGAUUUUGUAAAGAAGCUCUCACAGUUGCUGGAUUUAGCUGCAGUCCAUAGCUGGGAAGUGUUUCAGCUGUUCUUACUACAUGAGUAUCGAGGUGCAGAAGCCUCCUUAGUGGAGGUCUUGGCCAGCCAGCGUGACGAGGAAACUUUUCUGGCUCAGCUCUGGAGUUUUUAUCUCAGUGAUCGCUUACAUCUUCUCCGCUGCCUGAGACACAUUGUUGCAAAUACAGCAAACCGACAACAUCCUUACCAGAGUUUGUUUGGUGACUUCAUGCAGGAUGUCCUGGACAAGGAUGGUACUCUUGGGGAGAGUCUAGUGCAGCAAGUAUUACUGUGUACCAGAAUGGUUUCCCCAACCCCUCAGACUCAUGGCCCACAUUUGCCCUCUCAUGGCCCUCAUACAUGGCUGGCCCACCACCUGGCAGAACUGCGAGAAGUACUGGCCACUCUCCUUGUAUACUAUGGCAGCACCACUCGCUCUCCUACUCCUGACACAUUUAAGAAACUUGUUCAGCUGGCACAGGGAGGAGGACUGGCUGGGCGGUCAGAGAUUCAAGAGGGUUUGCGGGACAGCCAUGGCCCCUUAGUGGAGGCCCUUGAUGCUACACAUAUGCUUCUACUUAUCCUUGCCAUUAAUGCUGAUUCUCCUACAAGUGGUCACAACCUAUGUGAUAGCGGAUGGGUAAGCAAAUUAGAUCCCAUCAUGGCUGGGCUUGGUGCCCGAACACCUCACCUUGCUCCAUUACUAGCCUGGGCUGUGCUGCAGUUACGAACAAGUGGUGGGACAUCCUCAGGCCACCCUAAAAUAUACCAUAAGCUUGCCCAGCGUGCUUUACAUGGGAAUGUCUUUGGCUAUCUUCAAACAGCCCUGAAUAAUACUGCUAUUAAGGGAGAUGAAUUACUUCUACGUCUUGGAUCAUCUGUUGUGUAUUCCUUGGUGUGUGCAGCUGCUGGCUCCUUGGAUUUGGACAGGGUAGACUAUUUACCAGUCUUAAAUUCUCUAGCCAAGAACUGCCUCGCACACGACCCCCCUGCACAUCUCUUUUGGUCUGAAGAAGGUGGAGGAGCUGGUCUGCUGUUACCGCAGGCAUUACAAGUAUUCCCACAUGACGUUGAACCCUUAUUAUCUCUCACUACGGCUCUGGCUCUGGCAAACCCUGAGAGUUGUCAUAAGGUGGUGGAACUUCUCAGUGAACUUCCAUCUAUCACUUGGGUUGUUCCUGAAGCCGAGUCUCAAAAUAUACAGAUACGGUUAAGUGAUUGUUAUACUACAGGUCCUCUACACUUGAUGCCAACAGUGACAGUAGCAACACAUACACGUGGAAUGUUGAUUUCAACUGAACCAUUGGUUGUGAUGUGGCAGAUGGAAACAAAUGCCUGGCAGGGACUCCUUGCUAUCAUGAAGCUGCUUGACAAUGAGGUGGGUGGUGGAGCAAGUCUGUUGGACCCCAGACUUAUAACAGCAGUGUCCGCCACCAUGCGCCUUCUCUCUUCUGUGUUAACUACUGUGCCCACUCAGCUGCCAGCCCUCAUUCACUUUGUGCAUCAAACUGUUGGAUUACUUCACAAGUAAGUCAUAAAAUAUUUC